UGCUAGCCAGAUUGUUGAAACAGGCCCAUAUUGAUUUCUUUGAUAAAUGGGUUAUUCGUGUCCUUCAGUAUUUCUCCUCUUCUGUAGCUUGUGGUCAAGCAGACCAAACACAACCAUUACAGCACCCAGAAGGGAUGGCAGAGACUCUCUGCCAGAGUAGUGUUUCUUGGUUGGCAUCAUACUCAGGAAAUAGAUAAAAUGACCAGGACAACCGUUCUUCAUUCCUCUCCUGGUUCCACUUCUGACUCUCUGGACUUCCACACUAGGUUCCUAUACAGGUACAUUCCCACUCUCCCUCUCCCCACAUUAGUACAGUAAGUAAGUUUGUAAGGAGGUGGUAAAACAGGAGCAGCAAGUAAGAUUGCAAAGGGGAAACCUAGAAUUCCCUUCCAGACUGUCUCACAGAUAAAGGGAGCAUAAUGGUUCCCUGCAAAUUGUCUCAUAAAUUAACUAAAUUAACUAAAAGUCACAUCCUGAGACUAAGGAAGGGUGUUUUGGUUCUGCUAAUCACCAUAGUCUGUAAGCCUCAGAGAAGCUCUAGAUAUCCACAUUAAGGCCAGCAGAACACCAGAUUUGCUGAGAUGCCAUGGAUAUGUUAAAUAAACCCAAGGUGGCACAGAUAAGAGUUGGUCUGUCCCCCACCAAACUCUAUAAAAAUGAGGCCCCCAAACUCCUGCCCCUGAGCACUUGCAUCUCCAAAGGGUCUAUGCUGCUUAGCUGCUCCCAACUCCAAUCCAUGCUCAUGUGAGUGACUCUCCCCCUUCCCAUCCUCUUCCCCGUGCUGCUUGACUUCCUCUGUCACCCCAUUCCUGUCCCCCGGCCAUAUGCUUGUGUAUACUUCUCCUCCACUGCUUAUCUCUAUGCUUUCUGCUGUUUGGCCCUGUACCCUCUGUGCCUUAUUAAAAUGAAACUGGAGCAUCACUCUUUGAAGCCAUCAUGAUUUUUCCUCGUCUGUACCCAAAGAACUGGGGAUACCUGCCCUUACUUGACCCAGAACAAACUACUUAUGGUCCCAUUCCUUUAUUCUAUGAAUAAUUCCAUAAAUUAAUUAGUAAUUCAGCUGUCUUCUAAAAAGACAGGAGGGCCUCCUUAGCAUGAAUAAAGUACAGUUAUAUUAUAUUAAUAAGCUCACUGGAGUUUCAGGAGCCAGUUCUUACUAGAACUGGGUGUAAUUUAAACCUUAAGUAUAUCAGAGUUGUAUGGGAGAUUGGAGCUAGACUCCUCUGGUUCUCCACUGGGUAUAGAAAGGAAACUGUAAGCUUAGAUAUGUUGCUAUUCAUUUUUGCUGGACCUGUGAUUUCUUUGGUGCUGGAAAUUCCUAGAUUGGAAUCCCACCUGUGUCACACACUACCCUGGAUCAUCUUGAGUAAGUCUCUUAACUUCUCUAGGUCACUUGUCAACAAGAACUAUUGAAAGAACAGGAAAGCAGUAUGCCAGAAGCUGGAUGUAGAGCGACACCUACAUCUUACACCAAGAUAACCUCCAAGUGGAUAUAUCACUUGGACAUAAAGGGUGACAUCCUAAAUAAAUUAGAGGAAGAAGGGAAGAAAUGCCCUUUCUGAUCUAUGGAUGGGGAAGCCUAAGAUCAUGGGCCACCCAAACCCACCCCAUCUCUUGAACGAGGCCAACGGGGGCGGGGCUUGCUUUGCUUCCACCAAUGGAAGCACGCGUGGGUUUGGAGAGCUGGCAUUCAGAAGCAGGCCGCUAGGUGUGGGCUACGCCAAGUCUGCCUAGGCAAGACCGCCCGGGCUCGGAUGCUUCAUCCCCCAAGGUAGGCGGCGACCGCGGCCUGAAAGGGCACAGUCCGGCUAGCGUGAGCCCGGCCCGCGGGGAGGGGGCGCCAUGGAGGGCAGCCUGGGCCGGACCCUGUGCAUCCUGACCGGGGCCUCACGGGCCUUCAACCGCAGCCUGGCCCUGCUGCUGGUCUCCAGGAUGGCCGCCGGCUCGGCGCUGUUGAUAAACUCCAGCAACUAUGGCACCCUGCGGACGCUUUCUGCCCAGCUGGGGAAGGCGAGGCCGGACCUGCAGGUGGUGUGCGUGUCGAUCAACUUGGGCGGCCAGGCCGGGCUGCAGCGGCUGCUGGAGGUGUUGCCCCGGCCACCGGACUUGCAGCGGCUCCUUCUCAUCCACGACGCUGGUACCUUAGGGGAUGUGUCCAAACAUAUUGUGGACUUUGCUGACCCAGAAGAAGUCAAUGGCUACUGGGCUCUGAAUGUGACCUCCACUCUUUGCCUGACUGCAAGGAUCCUUGGGGCCUUCCCAUCCAGCCCUGGCCUGAAAAGAACUGUGGUCAACAUCUCCUCCCUCUGUGCUGUGAAACCCACCAAGCUCUGGAGCCUCUACUGUACUGGCAAGGCUGCCCGAAGCAUGAUGUUCAGUGUCUUGGCAGAGGAAGAACCCAGUGUGCGGGUGCUGAGCUAUGCCCCAGGCCCUCUGGACACAGAAAUCCAGGGAUCCCCACAGAAAACCAAGGACUUGGAGGAGAAGCAGACUCUGAACCAGGCGAGGUUCAGCCAAAUCCUGGUAGACUGGUCUGUCUAUGCUAAGAAGCUCCUGGACCUGCUGGAGGAGGAUACCUUUGAGUCAGGGGCCCACAUUGAUUUCUUUGAUGAGUAGGACUGGCUGCCCUCUACCACCUGAAGACCACGUCUCCUUCCCCUGCCAUCCUGUCCCCACCCUGUACUCUUCAUAAGUGCCUAGUAAAGGAUACAUCUCUCAACCUUUCAACCCAAACAGGGGGUAUAUGACUUAGUGGAGAGGCUCUUGGAUUGGAAAGCAGAGGAACUGCCCCAUGUCAGGCAGGUCAUAAUGGGCAGAGCUGGGAUUUGAACGAAGUCCUCAGAUUCCCUAUCCAGGGCUCUCCACUCUGCCAUGAUGUGCCCCCGUUCCUCCAUUUCUUUUGAUUUCUUAUUUGGCUUCCACUGGGACUGACUCCACAUAUAUCAUCAGCAUUUCUACACGUUACCAACUGAGAGAAUUGUGGGAAUUGAGUGAACCCCACUGACUCCAUCUUGUGACUCAAUUCUGGAGCUCACUCAGUUCCCUUUCUAUUUAAUUAUGGGUGUAUCCAAUUUCUGUCUUGUGAGAAAACUUUAUUCAAUUAUAAGAAUUGUGAGAAAACAAUUUAUUACAUCUUUAGAACCUUGCCCUAUGUGGCUAGGAAGCUGGACCACCUCUACCUGCUGCUUUGAGACCCUUAAGGCAUGACAUAAACUAUGCUGACAAGAACCCCAGUCAUAUUUGAAGAUUGAUGCAAGGAGUCUCCUCACAAUUAUACAUCUCAAGACACCCAUACUUCUUGUCUGAAAACUGACCCCAUGCUGUCAAUCCAUUGCUGUUUCCUUAUUCCUUUGAUUGAAUACAGUCACUUGGGGGGAGUGAGGCACCUCUUUUUCUGAUUUCAGGGAAUUUUGUCUGUUCACUCUUCCCCUUCCCAACUCAGAAAGUGACUAAUCUUUCCUCCAUUUACAAAUCAGAUUACCUAGUUUUUUAUUUUGGUUAAUUGUUUUCUUUUAAUUAAUUGGUUUUAUUUGAUUAAUUAUUUUUAAUGCAUAAAGAUUUGUUUCUCCCUGUUUCAAGGUCCAGUGCAAGCUACGGAGGCCUGGUCCCAAAUUUUUAUGCAAUUGGCAUGCACUGUUUAAUAAAUCAAUAUGCUCAGAAGCUCAA